GCUGCUUGGUCGAUGCUCGCCGCACAGAGAGUCUCAGAGGACCAGAUGCGGGCAGAAAGCUGACUGCAGCGUUCACGCGGGCUGGCCGGACAGCAGCUGCUGAUGAACGCGCCAGGCGGCUUUGCGGUGCCGCGGCAUCCGGCUCCCACAUCCGCGCACCGGACGCCGUCGAGGACAGGGGCCGCACCGAUCACCGAGCCGCCGCUGGGCUUCGCUGAUCUUUCCACACUGCCACGACCUCUCCAUACAGAACUCAGCAUGCCAGCCGACCGCACGCCCAAACGCGAGCCAGGAGCAGGCGCCAGCACGGCCGCCAAGCCGGCAAAGAAGCGCAAGACGGAGAGCUGGACGCCUGGUGCGUGGCCCAGCCCGCCUGCGAGAGACGGCGUCGCUGAAGACGCACCGGCAGAGGAGGAGCUCAUGCUGGUCCGUGCCGUCAUCGACUUGGCGCUCAGCAACAUCCCUGCGCUCGUGCGUGCGCCGCGUCUGCCUGCGUACGACGCUGACGGUGAUCAUCCAGCACGAAGCCUCGGGCCUCAAGGGACGGCGCGGCAACUCUUCCGUGAACAUGAAGCUGCGCAACCUGCUCAGCCGCUUCGAGAAGUCGGGCAAGCUCUGAGCCGCCUGAGCCGCAAGAGACAUGUGCCGUCGACGAAGCGCGUACAGGCAGCUCCUGCAAUGAACAGCGAUGCCGGUGUGCUGCCCCCUGCGAAGGCACCGCCGUGUGUGCUGGCCGGCUCUGAUGAGCCCAUGACUGGCCAGCCUCUGCAUUCAUCACGGAGGUGGGGCCGCUGGUCUGUGCACCCCGUCCGCUUCGCCCUUCGAUUGAUUGAUUCGCUGAUAGCGCCAGGUGAUGAGGCUCUCCUCUGCCUCCGCCGCUGCCGCCGCUGCCGCCGCUUUGUCAGACACCACAUCCAUCGCUCCCUCACAAUCAUGGUAACUGAGCUGUUCGUGCGAGUGUUGCAGGCGCUGAGGCUACGUCCAGCCUGCACAGCGAACGGCCAAGCACGAGACGACGGAGGAGGAGAAGGCGCCGCGGGCGAAACCCACCAAGCCCAAGAAGCCCGCCGAGUUCUGGACGCCGGAGGACGAGCUCGCGCUGGUGCGGGCGCUCUUCGAGCUGGGCCUCAGCAGCAUCCCGCUCCUGCACGAGCGCUCCGGCCUCAAGGGCAAGAAGACGAAUCCGGGCGUGAACUACAGGCUGCGUGCUCUGCUCAAACGUUACGAGAAGGACGGUUCUUUGAGAGGCACGUCAGGUCGGCUGCUCAAGCUCGACUGCGCAAUGGGCGAAUGGACCUGAUGAUGUAUGCGUGGUGCGACGUCUGAGAUUGUGACGAGCACUGCUUGCCGGAUGUGCGCCUGCCGGUCGCGUUGCAGUUGGCAGGGUGAGGAUGGGGCAUGCCUGGCGGAGGCCGGCGUCUUGGCACGCGCUGCGUCUCUCGCAAGCGCGAGGACCCGCUCCCUGAUCCAGAGCGCCGUUGCAAGCGCAGCCGUAAGCGCUGCUUCGGCUCCCUGAGAGCUCACCUCUUGGAGCAGCGUGCUUCACCCGCCUGCUUUCAUUGCGAGGUGCAGGCAGAGAGGAAGCAGCAUGCGCAUGGGCCCGAGGUUCCGCCGUGGUGAGCGCAGGACGCCGCCGCGGCCCGACUCGCUGGCGCGCGUCAGGGGCGCCCGGCCGCUCCA